AUGCUUUCGAAGCUCCACCGCCUUAGCAUGCGGAUGCCGGCGGUUCUGCAUUUGGUUUUGGUUGAGGUUACCGGCCUGGCAAUCUUCCAAUUUUCGAUCUUCUUCUUUCUCAGAGGUCUGCUCUCGGAGGUUUUCAUGAUCGUGCGUUACGAUUUGACGCAGGUGGUCGGGGCGGUGUCUUACAGAAAGUUCCUGUGCUACCAGGAAGCUUUCGUGGAGUACAUGUGGACUGGCUGGCUUCCGCCCGCGGACUGCUGGAGUCUGGAGGAACUUCGCCAACCAGACAUCUGGUUCGGACAGCCUUCUACAUCAACAUUUUGA